CUUUCUACUCCUCAACUUUAUCAUACAUACAUCAUCUCAUACAUCACCAUGACCCAACGAGCCAACCCCAAGACUGGCUGCCUAACGGCGGUUGUCCGCCGUCUUUUAUGUUCCGGCAGCCAACAAACCCACCCUUCCGACAACAUUCUCGACUCUGACGAAACACUCCAGUUACUAAGCACUUACGAAGAAAUCGAAGAGCCAAAGAAAGAGACAAAAACCGAAACCGAAACCCAAGAAGACGACGUCUCCCCUCCUCCUCCUCCCAAUGUUGUAGCCAAACUCAUGGGUCUAGAUAACCCUGCACCGGGAUCAAACCGGUUUAGAUACUUUGACGAUUCCGGUUCAGCUGUCGCACGGAGCAAAUCGGUUAACUUCAUGGACUAUAUCCUAAGAGUUAAGGAGGAGGAAGAAGAAGAAGAUGAGAAAGACGGCCAUCUCACGUGCCGGAGAGUAAGAGCGUCUGUUUCCUUCCGAGAGAUAGUCCCGACCUCGGCGAGAUCGAGCUCAAACCAACAACAGAAGAAGCACGACUUCUUGCUGAUGUAUCUCGACAAGCUGGACGAGAAGAGGGAACUUGUCGGAUCAUCGUCAAGGUCUAAGAGGUUCGAGAAGGUAUUAGAAGAUUCCAAAAAGCCGCCAUUGCCACCUCCUGAAAAGAAGAAGGAGAACGAGAAGGUGGCAAAGAAGUUUAAAGACGAGCGGAGGAAAGUAGCGAAGAAGAAGAAGAAGAGCGAGAAUGGAAGUGAUCAUGUUAACGGAGCUAAGAAAGUUCGAUGGUUUCUCUCUCCGUCCAAGAGUAAGUCCACCGAGAAGAUGGCGCUUCUAGGAGGAGGAGGUGAAUCUAAGAACAUUCCGGCGGAUGAGUUUAGCGGAAAAGAGACAGAGUCGCCGGAAAGUAAAUCAAAUGCGAGUCCGGUUUCGGUUCUUGAUCGAGAUCUUUAUGAUUAUCUUAUCCUUGAUGAUGACUACUACUUCUCAGGAGAUUCAGAAAGUGCAUCGGAGUUGUCAACAAAGCAAAUAGAGACAACAGCAAAAUCUUCAUGCUCUUCAUCACCAGCAAGAACAAGAACAAAUACCAAGAAAGAAAACAACAAUAACACCAAUAGUGAUUCUGAAGAGACAGAGUUUAUCACAAAGCUAAUGAAUAUGCUCUCAGAUCUGUCUGAAGAAGACAUGAAGUCUUCAACUUGGGUUUCUACUUCGUCAACUAAACCCGUUGACUACACUCAAGUCGAAGAUUUUUGUGUUGAAUUUGGUCAGGAAAUUCUUGACCUUGUUAUGGACCAGUUAGUUGAUGAACUGUUGUAUCUAGUUUGAUUUUUACUUCCCAAUCAUCAAAUUAUGUCGUUCUAUCAUAUCUCAUAAUCCAAUCGUUAACCAAAGACU